AUGAAAGGCGUAGUCUGCGUGUUGCUAGCUGUUGUGGUAGCAGUGAGCUCUGUUAGCUUCUUUGACCUUGUGCGUGAGGAGUGGAAUGCCUUCAAGCUGGAGCAUAAGAAGGAGUAUGAUAGUGAAGUUGAAGACAAGUUCCGAAUGAAGAUCUUUGCAGAGAACAAACACAAAGUAGCCAAACACAAUGCACGCUUCGAACGUGGUCAGGUGACCUACCGCCUCAAGCCGAAUAAAUACUCUGAUAUGCUGCACCAUGAAUUUGUCCACACCAUGAAUGGCUACAACAGAACGCUCAAGCACAACAAGGGUCUUUACGGAAAGGGGCGUGAUGUUCGCGGCGCGCGCUUCAUUUCCCCGGCUAACGUUCAGCUGCCUGAACAAGUGGACUGGCGUCACAAGGGAGCUGUUACAGAUGUCAAAGACCAGGGCAAGUGCGGUUCUUGCUGGUCUUUCAGCACCACUGGCGCGCUAGAAGGUCAACACUUCCGACAGAGCGGAUAUCUAGUAUCUUUGUCCGAGCAGAACUUGAUCGACUGUUCAGCGUCAUACGGCAAUAAUGGUUGUAACGGAGGACUCAUGGACAACGCGUUUAAGUAUAUCAAGGAUAACGGUGGCAUCGACACCGAGCGGACUUACCCCUACGAAGCUGUGGAUGACAAGUGCCGCUACAACCCUAAGAACUCCGGCGCUGAUGAUGUAGGCUUUGUUGACGUGCCAGCCGGAGAUGAAGAAAAGCUAAAGGCGGCUGUGGCCACCAUAGGACCCGUGUCCGUGGCUAUCGAUGCCUCACAGGAAUCUUUCCAGAUGUACGCCGACGGUGUCUACUACGACGAGAACUGCUCCUCUGAUAACCUCGACCAUGGGGUGCUCGUGGUGGGAUACGGCACAGACGAGCAAGGUGGCGACUAUUGGCUUGUGAAGAACUCUUGGGGCCGCACCUGGGGAGAACUCGGCUACAUCAAAAUGGCGCGAAACCGCGACAACCACUGCGGCAUCGCUUCCGCCGCCUCAUACCCUCUUGUUUAA